AUGUCAAUUCCAAACACUACCAGCUUCCAUCCUUCCACAUUCCUCCUGCUGGGCAUCCCUGGGAUGGAGGAUCAGCACAUCUGGAUCUCCAUCCCCUUCUGCCUCAUGUUCAUCAUGGCUCUGCUGGGCAAUGCCACCAUCCUGUUGGUCAUCGCCUCCGACAAGACCCUCCACGAGCCCAUGUACCUCUUCCUCUGCAUCCUCUCGCUCACAGAUCUGGUGCUUUGCUCCAUCACAUCACCCAAGAUGCUGGUCAUCUUCUGGUUUGGGGCACAGCCCAUCACCUUCUCUGGCUGUCUCACCCAAAUGUUCUUCGUCCACACGGUCUUUGUUACUGAGUCAGGGGUCCUGCUGGCCAUGGCCUUUGACCGCUUCGUGGCCAUCUGCCGCCCACUACACUACUCGUCCAUCCUCAGUCCAGGUGUCAUUGGAAAGAUCACAGUGGCCUGCAUAUCCCGAAGCCUAAUCGUUGACAUCCCGUUCAUCAUUCUGAUCCACAGAUUGCCAUUCUGUGGACAUCAUGUGAUCCCCCACACCUACUGUGAGCACAUGGGCAUUGCUAAACUGGCAUGUGCCAACAUCAAAAUCAACAUCAUCUAUGGUCUAAUGGUUGCACUCUCGGUCACGGGGAUGGAUGUGGUGCUCAUUGGCUUUUCCUAUGCCUUUAUCCUGCAUACUGUGCUUCAUCUACCUUCCCAGGAUGCACAGCUUAAGGCCUUCAGCACCUGUGGGGCCCACGUGUGUGUCAUCAUGAUCUUUUACAUUCCGGCUUUCUUCUCCUUCUUCACCCACCGCUUUGGUCACUGGGUGCCACCUCAGGUUCACAUUUUCGUGGCCAACCUUUACCUCCUGGUGCCCCCCGUGCUCAACCCGCUGGUGUAUGGCAUUAACACAAAGCACAUCCGCCAGAGGAUCCUGACUCUAAUCCUGGGGAACAAAUAA